AUGGCUGAAGUUACACCUGGAGGAAAGACCAAAAUGCCCAAAGUGGCAAAGGUUAAAAACAAAAUGCCUGCUCCAGUGCAGAUCACUGCUGAGCAACUGCUUCGAGAAGCCAAAGAAAGAGAAUUGGAAUUGGUGCCACCGGCAUUUGAAGACAAUAUCCGUAAGAACCGAACUGUUAUGUCAAACUGGAUAAAAUAUGCUCAGUGGGAAGAAACACAAAAGGAAAUUCAAAGAAACCGACAAAUCAAUCAUGCUCGUAAUAUAUGGGACCGAGCUGUUUCCAUCUUGCCUCGAGCCAAUCAGUUUUGGUACAAGUAUACCUAUAUGGAAGAGAUGUUGGGGAAUGUUGCUGUCCAUGCCCUCUUCUAUCCACAGUGUCUCCAUUUUCAAGUUUGGAUUUUCUUUUCUUGCAUGCUCUCUCUCUCUUUUUUCUUAAGUGCACGGCGGGUAUAUGAACGUGCAGUUGAGUUUUUUGGUCAAGACAAUAUUGAUGAAACACUUUUGAUUGCUUUUGCCAAGUUUGAAGAAGGACAAAGAGAGGAAGUGAAAGCCAAUCCAAUGAACUAUGAUGCUUGGUUUGAUUACCUUCGAUUAUUAGAAGCUGAUGGAGAUGUAGAACAAAUACGAGAAGUUUAUGAGAGAGCUAUAGCCAACCUUCCUCCAUCUCAGUAUGCAGAGUUAGAAGCCAUUCUUGGAGAUAAAGAACGAGCUCGAGGUAUCUAUGAACUGGCCAUAAAUCAACCUAAAUUGGAUAUGCCCGAAGUGUUAUGGAAAUCUUAUAUAGACUAUGAAUUUGAGCAAGAGGAGUAUGCUCGUACUCGGAAUUUAUACAGACGUUUGUUGCAGAGAACACAACAUGUUAAGAAAGAGGUUGGUGAUGAAGCGUCAGAACGAAUGGUAAUGAAGUUAAUGCCACAGAAGAUUAAAAAGAGACGAAAGAUCCAUACAGAGGAUGGGUCGGAUGCUGGUUGGGAGGAAUAUUUUGAUUACAUCUUUCCAGAUGAGGAAUCUGCUCAGCCCAAUCUGAAACUGCUGGCAAUGGCCAAGAAGUGGAAGCAGAUGCAAGAAACCAAAAAAGACAAUGAUGAUCGGACGCUUCGUUCCAAUCUCUUCCGUCACUUUCUUCCGUCACAACGCUCGCCCGUCUACCACUACCGUCUGCUUUUUCCGUCUUUUUCUUCGUCCGACUCAACAUUCGCCCGUCUUUCUCCCGUCUCAACGCUCGCCCGUCUGCUCUCUUCCGUCUCUCUCUUCCGUCUCAACGCUAACCCGUUUGCACGCUCGCCCGGGCCAACUCUCUCUGCUCUCUUCAAGAAAUUUCUCCCUAAUAAAGAUAUUGCAGAUUUUAUUGAAGAUUUUAUCUAUCUAUCUAUCUAUCUAUCUAUCUAUCUAUCUAUACAUGCUUAUGCGCGCUAG